AUGUCUUAUGAUCAUCGCCUGCUCUCACCCACCACUUCUUCUCCGCGAUCUUCGAGACGUCCAAGUCGCAAUGAGAGCAUCGAACUUGGCCCCUGGGCAUCAUCCUCGCCUGAAUACUUUGACCCACCUCCCCACACUUACCACAGUACCGAUAAACUUCUCCCUGAAGUUCACGAAGAAUAUGUUUCUCAAACGUCGCCUGCGAGAUCAUUUCAACGCAUCGAUGCGAACGGUGGCCGCUGGAAAGGAUGGAGGGCAGGGUUAUUUCUUUGUGUCCUGGUGGUUACUGGAGCUCUAAUACUGAACAUCGCUGUGACUGUAUGGGCGGCGUCAGCAUUCGGGUUGUCAGGUGGUAUUGGAACCAUUCAUGUGGGCACAUGCGGUACGAUCAAAACGACCGGUCGCUGGUUGCACAUUGGGAUCAACGUUUUGAGCACCAUCAUGCUUGGAGCUAGCAACUAUUGCAUGCAAUGCCUAUGCUCACCCACGAGGCAAGAAGUUGGAAUAGCACAUGCGAAUAGGCAAUGGCUAGAUAUUGGAAUUCAGAGCUUCAGAAACCUCGCCCAAAUCAAACGAUCAAGGAUGGUGUUGUGGCUAUUUCUUGCUGGGAGUUCUAUUCCUCUGCAUCUGAUGUUCAACUCUGCAUUGUUCGUGAGUCUUACGGCCAACGAGUAUGUCGUGGCUACGGUAUCUGAAGAUUUUGUUAAUGGUGCCAAUUGGACACUUGCUAGCGUUGAUACUCGCCACCAAUCCCUUAUCAGUCAAAUGCAGCAAAACAUUUCAAGCUAUGAGAAACUAGACGAUGCUACAUGCAUCAAGGAAUACGGUGUUGAUUACCUAUCCGAUAGGAGGCAUGUUUUCGUUGUCGUCUCAGGCCAGUUCGCAGAUCCAUUGUUGGGAUAUCUGGACUGGAACUAUGAUGGUUCGCUGAAUUCGUGGGUUUGCGGGACAUCUCAAGGGCCGAAUUCAACCAUCGAAACCAUAUCCAUUGACAUCUACGACUGCUCCAUACCAGUCGCGCUGGGCAAUAUAACUUUUUGGACAAUGGCUGAUCAACCAGUUGAGUAUUGUCUAAGCCAGAAAGUGCCGGAUGAAUGCAGACUUCAGAUUGCGGUGCCCAUUAUGUUAAUUGUCUUGAUCUGCAAUGCGGUCAAGCUCUCUUGCAUGACUAUCACCAUUUGGAAAUUCAAAGAACCAACUUUCGUCACUCUGGGGGAUGCGCUGAGCGGAAUGCUUGAGAAUCCAGAUCCACACACAGUUGGGAUGUGUACGGCGACGAAGAAACAAUUUCAGGAUGGGGCUUGGCCAGACCGAGAACCACAGCGAUGGACUCUCCAGAGACAUUUUCGAUAUAAAGCUGUGGGAAUGCGACGUUGGGUUCUUUCCAAUUCUAUCUGCACCUUAGCUGUCAUUGCCUCGGCCGUCCUACUGCACUUCGCUAUUCAGAAUACAACCACUGCGAGCGAUAUCACGACUCUUUGGGAUUUAGGAUUCGGAACAGUGACACCAGCUUCGUUGAUUCGCUGGAGCAGCCCGAUUUUUGGAAGUCCUGGGCUGAUCAAGAAUGUCCUGCUAGCAAACUCGCCUCAAGUUAUUUUGUCCGUUCUCUAUAUUGCAUACAACCGAGUUUACACCUGCAUGUCGUUCUCGAAAGAAUGGCACGACCUCGCCCACCAUCGCCGCGCAUUACGAGUAACCUCUCCUCGAGGUGACCAACGAUCUACCUACUUUCUCUCUCUCCCAUAUCGAUACCUAAUUUCCAUCCUGACCGUCUCGGUUGCAAUACAUUGGAUUCUGUCUCAGAGUCUUUUUCUAGUCGCAAUCGAUGUCUACGACGAAAACGGUAACUUUGACGCCUCUCAAUCAAUCCUCUCUUGUGGAUUUUCCUGCAUAGCGCUCAUCUUUCUUGUCGGUAUAGGAUCUCUUGUGCUACUUUCUGGAAUUGGGAUGGGAUUGAGACGGUAUAAGCCUGGGAUGCCACUUGCAGGGAGUUGUAGUGCUGCUCUCAGUGCGGCGUGUCAUCCUCCAUCAGAUGAGGUGGAUGUCGCUUUUGUACCUGUAAAAUGGGGGGUCACAGGUGUUGAGGAUGGUAUAGGACAUUGUGCUCUGAGUGGGAGAUAUGUCAGUCCGCCUGUCACAAGUAAGAGAUAUCAGGGCUUAGCUGAGCGGUGA